CAGGUUUCAUAUAGGCACCUGUAAAUGACCAGGUGCUCUAUCCAGCAUCUUUCUACAUAUCCAAACAUCCUCUUUUGUGGGAAGGGAGAUGGUACAGCUUGGACUUUGGAGCUGGGCAGCGUUAGAUAUAAAUCCUGACUUCACUUCAACCUCUUGAGCUCAUGUGUCCUUUCCUGUAAAAAUGAAGAUAAACACUUACCUCAGAGGACUGUUGGAAGCAUUAGGGAGUAUGUAUAUAAAAUGUCCUGGGAUAUGGUGACUGAGCAGUAAAUGAUAGCUGUAAGCAUUGCUUCACUCAACGCUUACUGAGGUAAGUGUUCAUACAAAGAUGAAUAAGCCACAGUCCAUAGUCCCUCCCUCAGGAGCCCACAGUCUAAUGGGAGGGGCAAAUCAAGAACAGCCAACUUCUUGCACUCCAGAACAGCUCUGCUAAACCUGCCACUGUUGGAAGCUCAGUGAGGGUGCUACAUCUGCCUUGCAGGGAGAGGGCUCAGGGAACAUUUCACAGAGUCCUGAGAAAUGACUGGGUUUGCUGUUCGGAGAAUGGGAGGAAGGACAUUCCAAGUUGAAGAAACAGCAUGGGCAAAGGUAGAGUCCUGAAAACAUAAGGUCUCCAUUGCUGAUGAAGCUGUGACCAAAGGCAUUCAACCCUUGGCAGCCAUCUGUCCCUGUGGCCACAUUCCCAUGCCCAGCAUCUACUUGCUUUGGAACCGUCUCUGUACACCCGCAAGGCCUCUACCCGGAAGUGACAAUCAUGCCCUGACCCUGAUGUGCCCUAAAAUGUCUUCAGCCUAGCAGCACCCCCUCAGAGUUUGGCACAAUGUUGGCCAACUCCUCAGUCAACAUCUCGUCUACCAAUAGCUCGGUUCUCCAGUGUCCCGACUACCGGUUCACCCAUCAGCUGCACAUGGUGGUCUACAGCCUGGUGCUGACUGCGGGACUUCCCCUCAACGCGCUGGCGCUCUGGGUCUUCCUGCGCGCACUGCGCGUGCACUCGGUGGUGAGUGUGUACAUGUGCAACCUGGCGGCUAGCGACCUUCUCUUCACCCUGUCGCUGCCCGUACGCGUCUCCUACUACGCACUGCACUAUUGGCCCUUCCCGGACCUCUUGUGUCAGACGGCAGGUGCCAUCUUCCAGAUGAACAUGUACGGCAGCUGCAUCUUCCUGAUGCUCAUCAACAUGGACCGCUACGCCGCCAUCGUGCACCCGCUGCGGCUGCGCCACCUGCGGCAUCCCCGAGUGGCGCGGCUGCUCUGCCUCGGCGUGUGGGCGCUUAUCUUGAUGUUCGCCGUGCCCUUCGCUUUCGUGCACAGGCCCUCACUCUGCAGCUACAAUGGCCGCGAGGUGCGCCUGUGCUUUGAGAGCUUCAGCGACCAGCUGUGGAAGGGCAGACUGCUACCACUCGUGCUGCUGGCCGAGACGCUGGGCUUCCUGCUACCCCUGGUGGCCGUGGUCUACUCGUCCAGCCGGGUCUUCUGGACGCUCGCGCGGCCAGACGCCACGCGGAGCCAGAGGCAGCGGAAGACCGUGCGCCUCCUGCUGGCCAGCCUCGUCAUCUUCCUGCUGUGCUUUGUGCCCUACAACGCCACGCUGGCGGUCUACGGGCUGCUACGGGGCAAACUGGUGGUGGCUAGCCACGCGGCCCGCGAUCGGGUGCGCGGGGUGCUUAUGGUGAUGGUGCUGCUGGCCGGCGCCAACUGCGUGCUAGAUCCGCUGGUGUACUACUUCAGCGCUGAGGGUUUCCGCAAUACCCUGCGAGGCCUGGGCACGGUCCAGGCCAGGAGCUUGGUGACCAACAGGGCGCGGGGGGCGCACGUGCUCACCCAACGACCUGUUGAGACUAUCCACGCCACUAUGUCGGAUGUUGCCAGUCAAGGGCUGCUCCAGUCCUCCAGCUCCGAAACGCCCUCCACUCAGUGCCUCCAAGAUUCGGCCCUCUGAAACCAUGCUGUGCCACAGCCGUUGCCUGUUCUCUACCUCCCCACCCAGUGCCUGUCACUCUUUCAGUCUUGGGGCAUGUGCGCACAAAGGAGGUGUUCUAGGCACUUGGACCUCAGGGUGGGAACUCCAGCUCACGAAUGCAGCAGAGAAAGAAGUGUGGAAGCCAUGGCAUAGAGAAGGAAGAGGGCUGCCAGGAAUGGCUUCUUUAAUGGGUGAUAGUGAGCACAUAGAUGACCCCUUUUGCAGUUAGUAGGAAGUGAUGCAGUGAGUCUGCCUCUGUGGGGAGUGGGCAUGAAAUGCAGUUAAAAGCUGGUAGAUGGAACAGAAAAUGAGUUUCCUAGAUGUAGACCUGCCACAAGGGUCUGAGACCCGAACAGCCUCAGGCCAUGCAUGCAUGGUGAACCAAGCUACUGAGAAGCUCUUUUAUCUGCUGACUUAUGUCUGUGCUAAAGACAGAAGCCCCUUGCUCUUCCACCUGGGCUUCCCCUGCUCACCAUUUAGGUUUAAUGCAAGAGUUUGAUGUGGACAGAACAAGUCUUCUUGUUUAGUGACUUGUAGCAAUUUAGGCUUGACACCAACAUGGAGUAGUUGAGGCAAGACGAAACUGUGCGUUAGGGUUUUUUCCCCCCUCAAAUCCCAGAACUUGUUCUUUCUAGGUCAUCCCUUCUUUUUUUUUUUUUUUUUUUUGGAGUUUUUGGCCGGGACUGGGUUUGAACCCACCACCUCUGGCAUGUGGGGCUGGUGCCCCACCCCUUGGAGACACAGGCACCGCUCCUAGGUCAUCCCUUCUUACAUCACAUUCCGCUUUCAGGGUCUCCUCCAUUCUAGGUCCUUAAUGUUCCCCUUCUAACUCUCUUAUUGUCUGCUCAUUUGAUCCAGAGUGAGGAAAAAAUUAUUUGCACUGAAACACUGGCUCUCAAAACUUUUUUUUUUUGAGACACAGUCUCACUUUGUCGCCAUGGUAGAGUGCCGUGACAUCAUAACUCACAGCAACCUCAAGCUCUUGGAGUCAAGCGAUCCUCUUGCCUCAGCCUCCCAAGUAGCUGGGACUAUAUGGACCUGCCACAACACCUGGCUACUUUUUUGUUGUAGUUGUCACUGUUGUUAAGCAGGCCAGCCCUAGUGUAUGUGGCCGGCACCCUAACUACUGAGCUACAGGUGUCAAGCCAAUGCCCAGGUAUUUUUAGACAUGAGAUCUCACUCUGGCUCAGGCUGGUCUCCAACCUGUGAGCUCAGGCAAUCUGCCCACCUCAGUCACCCAGAGUGCUAGGAUGAUUAGCAUGAGCCACAGCACCCAGCCUAUCUCAAAACUUUUUGGUCUCAAAUCCCUUUAAUACUCUUAGAAAUUGAGGAUUCCAAAGAGUGUUUGCUUAUGCUUUGUUCUUUUGAUACUUACCAUACUAGAAAUUAAAGUUAUACUUUUUUUUUUGUAGAGAUAGAGUCUCACUGUACCGUCCUCGGUAGAGUGUCGUGGCGUCACACGGCUCACAGCAACCUCUAAUUCUUGGGCUUAUGCGACUCUCUUGCCUCAGCCUCCCGAGCAGCUGCGACUACAGGCGCCCGCCACAACGCCCGGCUAUUUUUUUUUGUUGUUGCAGUUUGGCCGUGGCUGGGUUUGAACCCGCCACCCUUGGCAUAUGGGGCCAGCGCCCUACUCACUGAGCCACAGGCGCCGCCCUACUUUUUUUUUUUUUUUUUUGAGAUAGAGUCUCACUCUGUCGCCCUGGGUAGAGUGCCUUGGUGUCAUAGCUUACAGCAACCUCAAACUCUUGCCUCAGCCUCCUGACUACAGGCACCCACCACAGUGCCCGGCUAGUUUCUCUAUUUUCAGUAGACACAAGGUCUCACUCUUCCUCAGGCUGGUCUCAAACUCUUGAGCUCAAGUAAUCCUCCCACCUUGGCCUCCCAGAGUGCUAGGAUUACAGGCUUGAGCCACCUCAUCCAACCUAAAGUUAACACAUUUUUUUUUUUUGUAGAGACAAGAGUCUCACUUUACCGCCCUCGGUAGAGUGCCAUGACAUCACAGGACUCAUAGCAACCUCCAGCUCUUGGGCUUCUGCAAUUCUCCUGCCUCAGCCUCCCGAGCAGCUGGGACUACAGGAGCCCACCACAACGCCCGGCUAUUUUUUUGUUGCAGUUCAGCUGGGGCUGGGUUUGAACCCACCACCCUCAGUAUAUGGGGCCAGUGCCCUACUCACUGAGCCACAGGUGCCACCCAAGUUAAUACAUUUUUAAAAUGGAAAUAUUCAAGCACACAUCCUAUUGGCUAUGGGAACCAUAAUGCCAUGCUUCAUAAAAGUUCUGGAAAAGUCCAUAGUAUACUUGUGAGAGAAUGAGAGUGAAAAGGGCAAAUAAGAGCCGGGUGUGGUGGCUGAGGGAGGCUGAGGCCGGUGGAUUGCCUGAGCUCACAGGUUUGAGACCAGCCUGAGCCAAAGGAGACCUCAUCUUAAAAAUACCUGGGCAUUGUGGCUGGUGCCUGUAGUCCGAGCUACUUGGCAGGUUGAGGCAAGAGAAUCGCUUGAGCUCAGCAGUUUGAGGUUGCUGUGAGCUAUGAUGCCAUAGCACUCUACCGAGGGUGACAAAGUAAGACUCUGUUUACAAAAAAAAAAAGAAAAAGGCGAAUAACGUCUUAGUGGUAUUAUGAAAAUAGUUUUGACCUCAUAGACUUCCUCAAAGAGUUGAUCCGUGUAUCACACUUUCAGAACCAUACUUGUACUACAUUAUUAGAGUUCAUAUCUAAGUUCUUCCCAGGGCAUUGUAACCUUUUUUUUUUUUAAUUACUAGGGUGGGGCCUUUGUUCAACAAAUGAAUUGCUACUGGUAGUCCUCACAGCGUGGGGUUUUCUGGGGGUGGGUAGGAACAGUACACAAAAUGGAACAUAAGCCUGGGUAUACCAGAGCAACCUUGGUGGGGAGAGUCACACAAACACUUGCAGAGGGGCAGAACUCUUUGGGAAGGGAAAAGGGAACUGUGCCACAUCCAGAGGAGGAGGGUCAGAAAGAAGUAAGAGUGAGAAGGGAAGACUUGGGUGGGCUGUUCAUUAUUAGCAAGCUGGAGGCAAGGGAAAUGGGCCCAUCUGCUAUUCCCUUUCCCUCUGUUUUGUUGGAGACAGAGUCUUACUCAUUGUCAGGCAUGAGGAGGGCAGUGAUGUGACCAUAGCUCACAGCAACCUCAAACUUCUGGGCUCAAGUUAUCCACUUGCCUUCGCCUCCCAAGUAACUGGGACUAUAAGUACAGGCCACCACACCUGGCUAAUUUUUUGGCAUUAUGAAAACUUCAAACUCUGAUGUUAAUGAGGGAGUUAUUGCUAUGUGUGAGUCCUGUAGCAUUUCUCUCCCUAUGUUUUUCCAUACUGUAUGAUUUUUCUGAGGGGGGGGCGAGAGAAAGAGAGAGAGAAUGAAUGAGAUUGAGUGUUAAGGUCUUCCCACGUGUUUUAGUUCUGAGGAAGCCUUUUGUGUAUGCCUGCACGUGAGCGCUGCAGAUGGUGAUUUACAAGGGUAAAAUGACCCCUGGUGGCCAAAUCAGAGAACUGACCCAGAUUUCUCAGGGAUAGCUACGAAGUCCGGGCCUUUCUCCACCUGGGUGGAGAUUGGCGCCCUGUGCUGGCACUUUUUUCCAGCUGCUCUGGAAAAGGCCUGGUGGUUAGUACCUGCUCCAUCUUACUUCAUCCUCAGGGUUCAAGACCUGUGCCCUCCUGUCCUGACUGCACCAGCGGCAUCAAGCCUCAUAGUCCAAAAUCUCAGUACUUUGUCCUAUCCAAAGUGAAUUGAACGCAAGUUUUGUUUUGUUUUGUUUUGUUGUUGUUGUUUUGAGACAGUCUUAAGCUGUCUCCCCAGGUAGAGUGCUGUGAAGUCACAGCUCACAGCAACCUCAGACUCUUGGGCUUAAACAAUUCUGUUGCCUCAGCCUCCCAAGCAGCUGGGACUAUAGGCACCCGCUACAAUGUCUGGCUAUUUUUUGGUUGUAGUUGUCAUUGUUGUUUAGCAGGCCUGGGCUGGAUUCGAACCCGCCAGCUCUGGCGUAUGUGGCUGGCCCUUUAGCUGCUUGAGCUACAGGCACCAAGACAAAUUUGAGUACUUUUAUAUGCAGGUACAUAAGUGAAUUCCAAGGAAAUUAAAACUCAAGCAUGUUUCAUUUUUCUAACAUACCAUGUAAUUUACUUAUUUAUUUAUUCUAUUUUUUAUAGUUUAUUGCCUUUCUCCCCCCAUCUCCAUAGGUAGAACACAAACUCCACGGGGGCAGGAAAUUUUGUUUGGUUCUCUGAUGUAUCCCCAGCAACUGGAUCAAUUCCCAGCAUGGAAGAAGUGCUCAAUAAAUAU